AUGGAGAACAUUACAAAGGAUGAUGCAUCCUCAAACAGCAUCAAUUCAGAACAGCCAUACAGAACUUGGUACCACUUUCAGCCCCCAAAAAAUUGGAUGAAUGAUCCUAAUGGACCAUUGUACUACAAAGGAGUUUACCAUUUCUUCUACCAAUAUAACCCUGAUGGAGCAACCUUUGGUAAAACAAUGAUAUGGGCUCAUUCUGUAUCCAAAGAUCUCAUAAAUUGGACUCAUCUCAAUGAUGCAAUUACACCAUCUUGUACUGGUGACAUCAACAGUUGCUUCUCAGGCUCAGCCACUAUACUCCCAGGUGAUAUACCUGCUAUGUUGUACACAGGAAUCAAUGAAAAAAGACAUCAAGUUCAAAACUUAGCUAUGCCAAAAGAUCCAUCUGACCCUUACUUAAAGGAAUGGGAAAAACACCAUCAAAAUCCAUUGAUGACAGCACCUAGUGGAGUCGAAGAGUGUGAAUUCAGAGACCCUUCGACUGCAUGGAAAGGAAAAGAUGGAAAAUGGAGGGUGAUAAUUGGUGCUCAAAAUGGUGAUGAAGGAAAAGUUAUUCUUUGCAAAAGUGAUGAUUUUGUUACUUGGAUAGUUGAUCCUAGUCCUUUUCUUGCAACACAAGGUACUGGUGUUAUUGAAUGUCCAGAUUUUUUUCCUGUGUAUAUCAAUAGCGAAAAUGGGGUUGAUACAACUAUGGAAAAUUCAAGUGUUAGACAUGUCUUGAAGAUAAGUUAUCAACGAACGCAUAUCGAUUACUACUUAAUUGGGAAAUAUGUAUCUGAUUCUGAGCAGGAAAAGUUCAUUCCUGAUGAAAAAUAUAGUGGAACUUGGAAGGACUUGAGACUUGACUAUGGUAAUUUUUUUGCUUCAAAGUCAUUUUUUGAUUAUGCUAAGAACAGGAGAAUAAUAUGGGCAUGGGUGGAAGAAACUGACUCUAGACAAGAUGACAUUGAAAAAGGGUGGGCUGGUCUACAGGCAAUUCCAAGGAAGUUUUGGCUUGAUAAAAAUGGGAAGCAAUUAAUGCAAUGGCCGAUUGAAGAGUUAGAAAAACUACGCUACAAUCAAAUCAGUAUCACGGGUGAGACGCUCCUAAGUAGAUCAAUUCUUGAAGUAAAAGGUAUCACUGCAUCUCAGGUUGAUGUGGAAGUCUUGUUUGAGCUACCUGAUCUACAAAAUGCUGAGUUACUAGAUCCAAGUGACGUUGAUCCUCAAAUACUCUCUAGUGAAGAUUAUGCAUCAAGAAAGGGCGUGAUAGGGCCAUUUGGUUUGCAAGUUUUAGCAUCAAAAGACCAGACAGAGAAGACUACAAUAUCUUUCAAAAUAUAUAGAGUCCUCGAUCGAUAUAUAUGCUUGAUGUGUAGUGAUAUGAGCAGGUCUACAUUGAGAGAGGGCCUUGGCAAAAAAAUAUAUGCAACUAUAUUUGACAUUGAUCCCAAUCUUAAAACAAUUUCACUUAGAAGCUUGAUUGAUAGAUCCAUUAUUGAGAGUUUUGGAGAUGGAGGGAGAGCUUGCAUAACAAGUAGAGUUUAUCCCUUGUUGGCUAUAGAGAAAGAUGCACAUCUUUAUGUAUUCAAUGAUGGAAUCCAAAGUGUGGUUAUCUCACAACUUAAUGCUUGGAGCAUGAAGAAGGCAGAGUUUGGAGUGGAAAGCCUAAUAUAG